AUGGACAAACUACCCGUCGAGCUGAUCCGCCUCAUCUAUGACCACUGCGAUGUUCCCUCCGUGAGGGCACUGCGCCUGGUGUCGCCCACCUUCGCCGACGUAGGCUACGACUAUCUUGUUGAUCUGCACUUUACCGCAUGCGAAUGGCGAGACGACGUCGACCGCCUGCGCUGCAUUGCCAAUCAUCCCCGUCUGCGUCACAGCAUCCGCUCCAUCACCUUUGCCGUCUCAAAAGACGAUCCAUCCGAUGCCCUACGUGCCCGGCUAGCCAGCCAGCCUUCGAGUCCUCAACAACUUCGCCGCUCCUCAGACGAACAGCUCGCUGCGAGGUUCCGACAGGGCGCCAACCUCUCCGAUGACCAUCAUUCCUCCGACGCCGAGACCGACGAAGAUGACGAGCCCUGGCCUUCUAUCCGCUUGACCCCGUUCCACACGAAAACCGCCGCCCUCAAGUCCGCCCUCGCCAAGCUCCCCAACCUCCGCCAUGUCGCCAUCACCCUGAGCUCCGCCCCGCACGAGCCGAUCCUCUUCCGCAAGCUGGGCUGCGCCGGCGCCCGCCCGUUCUGCCGGCGGCCACGGGACCAGAUCCGCGCCUCGCUUAGCGCCGUGGCAGCCGCCCUCUGCUCCGUCUCCCAGUCGUUAACCUCCCUCUCGAUCAACCCCCUCCCCCUCGAAAUCCUCCGUCACCAGGAAGAACGCAAGGCAUGGCUCGAUCUCGCCGAGUCAAAAACCGUCUCCUCUCUGACCAGACUUGCCCUCGUAAUCGACCACGCACCCACACAGCUCCCUCCCCGCGGCCGUCUCUGCGCCGUCGCCUCCCUAGGCCACCUCAUUCAGCGUUGUGGUUCCUCCGGAACCCUGACUCAUCUCACCCUCGCCUUCCGCGCCGCGGACGCCCCCCGCGCAAAGUUCAACCUCGACUUUAGCGAACUCUUCCCCCUUUCCUCCCCCACAACGGCAGACUCUACCAGCAGCGCGUUCUCCUUCCCGUCCCUCACAUCCCUGCAUAUCGAAGGCGCAUCCUGCUCCGAGCCCGACCUGCGGUCCUUCCUCCUGCGUCACGCGCCCACCCUGGAAAAGGUGCGUCUUGGAGGGAGAGGGUGUGUGCGGUCCCCUGCGGAGAGGAGUGUCGGAGGCGUGCACCUGCAUGAGGGAACAUUUAGGGGGCUGUUUUCUGCCCUGCAAGGAAGGUUGCCUAGACUUAGGAGGUUUACGAUGGAAGGGGAUAUGGAGGCAGGACGUUUGUUGAGGGCGGGGGCGGGGGCGAGAGAGGUGUUUUACUUCUCCCCGGGGGCGAAUAAUGAGAGCGAGGAUGAGGAGGAAGAGGGGAUUCCGGCAUCAGGCGAGGGAUUGGGUAGCACGAUUAGCUCGACGAGUAGCUCGAGGAGGCAGAGUGCUUCGUCUACUGCGUCGGGCACAUCCUCUGCUUCUACGGGGACGAGUGAAGCGUCGUCGACGUCUUCGGCGAUUGCGUCGGUGGCAUCCUCGUCGGGACUGACUUCCCGCCCUGCGUCGCCUUGCAUUGAGGCGGUUGAUUCGAGUGUUGUCGAGAGGUUCUUGAUUCAUGGAGGGGAGUACCCGCUUGUUGCUAAUCGACCGGCGGCGGUGCCCCCUCAGGCUGGUGCCAUGUGA